GUGCCAAACAAGGCAGAGGAAAGCGUCGUGCGGCUGGAGGAUACUUCCCUUUCCCCUCGGCCGCCUGCGCCGAUCCCCAUCCCUCCCGCGGCCGCGAGCGACCAGGGGAGGGCCGCAGCCGCCGCCCCCGGCGCCGUUCGUCCCGCUUCUUCCGCCGCAUCGCAUACUGAAAAAAAAAUUGUGCCAUGUUAUAGAGACUGCUAAAAACAUCACAUGGAAUCGCUGUGGAAGCUGAGCUACUUGCUCGAGCCAGCGUCGCUUGCCCUCAUCUUGACCGCCGUCUCCGUCGCCUACGCGUCGGCGUCGCGCGCGCUGGACCAUGGCAGGGAGAUGGAGAGGAACCUCGACUUCUCCGAGGCCUCCAUCACGCUCGACCGGUCGCAGGCGCUCAUGAUCCCGCUCGCGAGCUCCUGCAGCCUGCUGCUGAUGUUCUACCUGUUCUCGUCGGUGUCGCACCUGGUCACCGCCUUCACCGCCGUGGCGUCGGCGAUGGCGCUCUUCUUCUGCCUGUCGCCGUACGUAAACUGCGUCAGGUCGCGCCUCGGCGUUGGGGACCCGUUCGUGUCGAGGUGCUGCUCGAAGCCGUUUACCCGGUUGCAGGGGUUGCUGGUUGCGAUCUGCGUCGGCACGGUGGUUGCCUGGUUGGUAUCGGGGCACUGGUUGUUGAAUAACCUGCUGGGGAUAUCCAUAUGCAUAGCGUUCGUCAGCCAUGUGAGGCUUCCCAACAUAAAGAUCUGCGCGUUGCUGCUCGUCUGCCUGUUUGUGUACGACGUUUUCUGGGUAUUCUUCUCGGAGAGGUUUUUCGGAGCAAAUGUUAUGGUGUCCGUUGCCACUCAGAAGGCAUCUAACCCGGUUCACACGGUAGCGAACAAGCUCAGUCUGCCUGGAUUGCAGCUGAUUACAAAGAAGCUAGAACUUCCAGUCAAGCUUGUCUUCCCCAGGAGUUUGAUGGGUGGGCUUGCUCCAGGAAGCAGUCCUGGGGACUAUAUGAUGCUCGGCCUUGGAGACAUGGCCAUUCCAGGGAUGCUUCUAGCUCUUGUACUCUCAUUUGAUCACCGGAAGAUCAAAGACAUGAGUGUUUCACAAGACAUGCCUCCCUCGAAACAGCGGAAAUAUGUAUGGUAUGCGCUGACAGGUUAUGGUGUUGGCUUGGUAACGGCUUUGGCUGCUGGGAUCUUAUCCCAGUCUCCCCAGCCUGCUUUACUGUACCUGGUACCAUCAACGCUUGGGCCUGUUAUGUAUAUGUCAUGGUUGAGGAACGAGCUAUGGGAGCUAUGGGAAGGAUCCAGGCCAAUUAUAAACGACAAAGCUCAUUUGUUGGAGGUUUAAAAUUCAACAGGACGUGAAAAAAGGUCUCGACGUCCUUGAUGUAAUCUGAUUACAAUUUAUUUCAGCCAUAGUCUAAAGGAGAAUAUUUAUAAGGUAGAAUGCAGUGAUGUAAGGUUAUACCCUAUUGUUCUCGCAAGAGGGAACAAGAUGUAUCACUUAUUAGCAAUAAUAUAAAGGUGUCUUUCAUCUCA